UCUUCGCGCCCUCCCCCGCCCCUCUCUGUCUUCUCUGCCCCGGGAACAGCUUGUGUGCUACAGCCCCUGCGCCCCGACAAUGUAUGCCUGCUCCAAGCUCGUCUCCACUCCUUGCCUGGUCAGGAGCGCCUCCCAGCUGCUGAGCCGCCCGCUGUCUUCCGUGGUGCUCAAGAGACCAGAGACGCUGACAGAUGAGCGCCUGAGCAGCGUGGCAGUCCCGUGUCCCCGGACCUCGCUCCUCCCGAGCCGCAGCUUCCAAACCAGCAUCGUCUCAAGGGACAUUGACACAGCAGCCAAGUUCAUUGGGGCUGGGGCUGCCACGGUUGGGGUGGCUGGCUCUGGGGCUGGGAUUGGGACUGUGUUUGGGAGCCUCAUCAUUGGUUAUGCCAGGAACCCUUCUCUGAAGCAGCAGCUCUUUUCCUACGCAAUUCUGGGCUUCGCCCUCUCCGAGGCCAUGGGGCUUUUCUGCCUGAUGGUGGCCUUCCUCAUCCUCUUCGCCAUGUGAAGGAGCCUUCUCCACCUCUGAUCAUUCGUUCUCCCGCACCACAUCUGCCCUGGACGUGCUGCUUCCUGUACUUUCCCAGGCGACCAGGGGAAAGUGGUUGGCUCAGGGCUGACAGAGGGAAGACAAAUAAAUACUGUAUUAUAAGA